UUCUGCUGCUCCGGAAGCGUCAUGGUGGCUCUGCUCGCUGCCUUGGCUUGGCUGUGAUCCUGGGGUGGACAUCUCAAGCUUUGUUCAUGGUUGGCGUAGCCAGGAAACACAUUCGAGCCAAUAAGGGAACCAGCUGGCAUUUCAGUAGGACAAUGGAAGAGCUUGUCCAUGACCUUGUGUCAGCACUGGAAGAAAGCUCCGAACAGGCCAGAGGAUGCUUUGCCGAUACUGGAGAUCACUCUCGAAGCAUUUCAUGCCUCCUUAAACGGCAAGCGAGGAAGCGGAGAGGACGGAAGAGACGUUCAGAGAAUAUUCACCACCCAUGGGAAACGGGACAUUGUCUAAGCGACGGCUCCGACUCCAGUCCAGAAGAACAAAACAAGGACUACAGGGAGUGUGUCAGUAACAAUAAGAAGGACAGCGACUCGGACGACCAGCUUCUACUGGCGAAACGGAGGCCGUCCUCCAGUGUCAACAAUGUGCGCAGUAAGAGGCCUCUGUGGCACGAAUCAGACUUGGUUGCUGAUACCUUGGUGAGUAGGACCUUACGAAGGAGACGGAAAGUGAAGAGAAUGGCCAUUGACCCGCCGUCAGAAGUCACCAGCACCUUGACCCUGGCCCGUGAUCAGGCAAUGGACAAUGACUCCAAACAUUAUCUGCACCUGGAGAUAUCCAAGAACAAAAUGAAGAAGCGGAAAAUUGCUCCAUCGAGGCAUGGGCCUGAGGUUCCUGAUGAGGGCGUUGUGGUGGAAGGAGAAGACAUGGGUCAUGGAACCAAAGACAAGAUGGACUAUGAAGAACAGAAGGGCUCGGAUGAAAACAUGAGCGACAGUGAAUCCAGCAGUAUUAGCAGCAGCGACGCCGGUCUGUUUACGAACGACGAGGGACGCCAAGGUGAUGAUGAACAGAGUGACUGGUUUUACGAGAGCGAGUCCGGAGGAGCAUGCGGCAUCACAGGAGUUAUCCCUUGGUGGGAGCAGGAACGAUCCGGAGAGCUGGAGAGAGAGCUACCGGAUCCGGUGUUUCAGAGCAUCCUCACCGGCUCCUUCCCCCUUAUGUCCCAGACCGCACAGCGAGGGUUCCAGGCGAGGUUGAGUCAUCUCCAUGCCAUGCAAGCGAGAAGUGUACGGAAGUCGUCCUUAAACCCAAGUCCUCUGAUCAGUAGCCCCGGGUCGAGCACCAAUGAAAGGCUGGCGCACUUUCCUCAGGACCCUCAUCAUCACGACCAUUGGUUUAGUCCCGGAACAAGAAAGGAUCACAGUCCGCUUUUACGAGAUACUCGUUCAGACCGAGGACACAAGAAAAACUGUUCGGUGAAAACAGCCAGCAGACAAACGAGUGUCCAUUUAGGAUCCUUGUUUAUGGGAGACAUCAAACGGAGAAGAAAGGCGGCUCCGCUUCCGGGACCCACCGUGUCUGGUUUUAUAGGUGAAAAUGCACAGCCUAUCCCAGAUAAUAAUAUCGGAAACCGAAUGCUCCAGAGUAUGGGUUGGACACCCGGCACAGGACUUGGUCCUGAUGGAAAGGGAAUUUCUGAGCCUAUAAGAGCCCUCCAGAGACCAAAGGGACUCGGACUUGGUUUUAGCUGAUGUAAUCAAAUCCCUGGAAGACAUCUCCUAAGGUCUUGGGUUUGGAAAGGAAUUUUGCGUAUUUUUUAAUGUCUUCAGUCAAUAUUCUUUAUAAGAAACUGUAUAUUUUUUUUUUUUCUGCAACGGGAAGAACUUCAAGACUAACAAAUGUCAACACGGGCUCUUGAUCUGCCAGCAGUGACUGCCACCCUGUGCAUUACGGAUCUCACAUUGUUCAAUGCCAACAUAUCUAUACUGCCUUUUCUUGUACUUUCAACCUGAGGAAUUUUUAAUGCCGUUUAAAUCCUAGAUUAGAGCAACACAAAGACAUUCCUACACCUCAGAUAUACACCUAGCAGAGGAAGCCUUUUUUUUUUUUUUCAACCAAACUUUGAUAACUAGUCUUUGAGCCAUAGGAUCAAGACCUUUGGUAAUAUCAACAUUCUUCUCCACCUUUGGAGACUUUUACGCCCUGGCCGAAGAUACAUGACCUGGUCUCUCUUAGAUAUGUCUAAUUGAACUAUUCAACUUUUUUUGUUUCUCUAUGGGGGUACAGACUCGUAGAAUAUAGCAUCCUGGGAAUUGUAGAAGAGAAGGGCCUUGUCGGGUGCGAUGACCAUGCUCUUGAAGGACCGCCUGUUAGAUGGAAGGAGCUUAAACUCAGUCCAAGAUGACAUAAAUAAGUAAAAGUUAAAUACUUGGCUAGCGCAGUUGUCUACCCAUAAAGUAUUGUUGCAGGGUAACCUAUUACCUACGUCCAGCUCAAUGCAUGAGGCCACCCUUGUAUGUAUGCAGCGAGUGACCCUUUGCUCUUGCAUCAAUUCCUUAGUAUAAUGCAGAUAGAUGCCAGGGCUUUAUGUGACCAGGGUGGCAGGUUAUGACAUGUGUGCAAGCAUGCUUUAUGCUUGACAAAAUCUGAGGCCACGGUAGGUGGUGGGCCCACCCAAUGGUCCUCAUACUACUGGAGCUAGCCUUGUGUGUGGGAAUGGGAAGCUCUUCAGACACUGUUAAGCUUAGUCCUGGGCCUGAGGCCGAGGAUCACAACGCAGAGUUUCAUGUGUCAUGCUCCCCCCUCUCAGACCGUGCGUUAAGCAUAUCACAGUGUAUCUGGUUAUCUGGAGUUUUCUUUUAAAUCUGUUGUCCUUUUAUGAAGAAGCCCUUAAAAUGUGACCUUAGAACAGGGCUGGCCAACCUGCGGCUCUCCAGCUGUUGUAAAACUACAACUCCCACCAUGCCCUGCUGUAGGCUGAUAGCUGUAGGCAGUCUAGGCAUGCUGGGAGUUAUAGUUUUGCAACAGCUGGAGAGCCGCAGGUUGGCCAUCCCUGCCUUAGAACCUAGUAACGGUGCUGAAUACGCUUGAUUUUUUUUCCACUGCAGAUCAGAAUAUCUUUGUACAGUUUAUCCAGUUUUCCUUCAGAAUUUCCAAAGCAAUGGUACCCGAAAUUCGACCAAACCCAGUCCUAUUCUCUUUGUAAAUAGAGCUCUUCCUUUCUGUAUAUUUUUUUUGGCUAAGUUUAAAAAAAAAAAGGUAUUUAGUUCUGUUAAACAGAAUGGAUGUACAGUAUUCAGAUGACUUGGUCCAUGGUAAGGAAAGCUGGACCAGUGAAUCCUGAUAUCUGAUUUGUUGCAGUGUUUUAAAUGGCCUUAUAUUGUUUUUACUAUAUACAGUGUAUGUGUAUGUAUGUAUGUAUGUAUGUAUAUAUAUAUAUAUAUAUAUAUAUAUAUAUACACACAUACACACGUUAUAUCUACUUUUAAUGUACAUCUGUAUAUACCUGCUCAGCUUUAAAUGAAAGCGCCAGGUUACAGUCACUUAAAAUGGCAAAUCAGGACAAUUUUCCUGUAAGGUAUAAUUGAAAGCGCUCCAUACAAGCAGGAGUAAUCCCUAUAACAAGCCUGCAGGAAACGCAGGUGCCUGCAGGUGGCACCAGAGGACCGCAAGCACUGUUUAAAUUGCAGCCUGUAUUCUGUGAAUCAUUCUGCUUGCUGAGGACGAUACAAUCCUCCUCGUUGAUUCCAUUGCGUUAGGAAAAUGCUCAGAAUGCCUUCCCUUAGGUGGAACCCGUCACCUGUACGGGCUGCCAGGAUCACAAGGAGGAAGGAGGUCUCCUGACAGUUUUGCUACACAUGGGGCGUCUAUAUUGGUAUUGUGUGUUUUAUCCAGAAUAUAUUCUAUUCCCUUCCUGGUUUUUCAGCGAACCUUAUAGAAGGAAUGCUUGUAUUAAUAUUAAGAUUGUAUCUGUCUGUGUUCAAUCCUCUUGUAUUAUUUCUGUCAAUUUUUACAAAUCGAAGAUCAAAAAAAAAAAGAUCAAGAAAAUCAAAGACAAAUAAGAAAUAUGUUUAGGGUGUAGGGGUCAGUAUUGUAGCUGCUGGAACAUCGGAUUAUUACUUUCACGUAACUAUUCAUAUACGUCUCCUUUAUUUUGUCCUGAUCCUCAUUCACAUCUGGAAUUGUAUUCAUAAUUCAUUUGGUUGCUACUUGGAAUCAGUCAACACUGUGCUGACAGACACAUCCUGCUCCCAACCAAAGACGCAAGCUGCAAAUCUGAUUGUCCAGGGUUUUGAUAUAGAUAGACCAUCAAUAUCAGAUCAGCGGGGGUCAGUGAUUAGCUUGUAAACUGCUCUGGCACCAGAACUACACAGUUCCGUCCAUUGCGUAGCAGUUGGAGCUGGUGAAUGCAGCACUGCUCCCAUUCAUUUCAGAGGGAGCGACACUGCUGCGGUCAGCUCCUUCCACUACACAGUGGAUGGAGCACAAGGUAGCAGCUGAUCAUCAAGGUUGAGGGGAAUCAGACCCCCAGCGAUGUGAUAUUGGUGGUCUGUGAGUCCUGGUGGCUACGCAUCUUCAUUAGCUCUUGUCUGAACACUUGUUAGGCCGGCAGCUAUUCCUUCUGACCCCCUCAGUACACAUGCACACUCAGCUCUGCCAAGCAUGCAUGUGUUUCCAGUAGGGAGAAAGGAAUAAGCAACUGCCCGAGACCCCCGGCAGAAGCAUAUCUCCCUUGAAAUCCAACAUGCCCAGCCCUUCCUUGGCCUCCGACAUCUGCCACAAGAUUCAUCAGUUACAUAUUCAAAACUGCAUUAAAGGAUAACGGUCACAUUUAGACCCGAAUUUCAACUUUCAUAUAUGUAGUUACUAAUAACAUGAUAUUCCGGAAUCAGUUACUAUUAGACUGACUUACCCCAUAUUUAAUAAGAUUCAGCCCUUAGCAACCAGUCUGCAUAAAACUGCAAUCUCACUAUUCA